UGUAUGUAACUUGACUGAAGAGUCUCAUAUUAAGCUCACCACGUCGGAUCUUUCGCUUGGAUGUAAAUCGAUCUUGUCGCCGACACAAAUAAUUUUUGUAAACUUGCACUCGCACACACACAUACAUAUAUACAUACAUAUCUGCACUAGCUGACGUGUACCUCUCGCAGCAGUCGUUUACUUCAUUUAGACGCGCCUGUUGAUUACGCAUUAUCGAAUUCCCGUGUUUACACAAUAGUUUUAUAAAUCGCCAUCAGUUUUCAAGAGCCGGCACAGUAGAAGCCCAGCAGUCGACACAAUGAGCGCGCCAACGUUUGCCGACAUCUCUGCCAAGUUCACUGAAGCCACAUUGGACGAGAUCAUUCAGAAUGCCGGUGGCACCAAGCACACCUCGUACAAGUUCGGCGCAGGAGGUAAGAAGGGGGACUCUUAUCUGAGUCGAGUGUUCCGGCUGUGUGUCUAUGGCGUCAAGGAGCCUGAGGGCGAGCAGCUGGAGGUGAAUGUUAUUGUCAAGGGCAUGCCGGACAACAUGCAUAGGCGUCGCCUGUUCCGAUCCACGGACUUCUUCCGCAACGAGAUACAUUUCUACACGAAGGUCAUUCCCGCCGUGGAGGCUUUCCAGGCUUCGAGGCAGCCCAAGCCCAAGAAGCCUUUCGUCGAAUACCCCAAGUGCUAUGCAUCCUUAUGUGAUGGCGUCAACGAUUUCAUUGCUCUCGAGGAUGUGGGCUUCCGUGGCUAUCGCUCGCCCGAUCGCCAGAGCUAUAUCGCGCUGGAGGACGCGCUACUCACCAUGCGCACCCUGGGCCGUUUUCAUGGUGUGGCAUUGGCCUUCAAGGCGCUGGAUGCGGACAACUUUGAGAAGGCCGCCAGUGCUCUGGAGGAGACCUACUAUGGCGAGCACACGCGUGAGUGGUACACGGGCUUCCUGCAGCUUGCCGAAAACGUUGCUCUCGACGCAGUUACCAAGACCUUGCCCAACACCAAGUACGAGACCUUGGCCACCAAUUUCCUGCAGCCGCAGCUGUUCGAUGAUAUGAUUAAUCUGGUGUCCACUCGCUCCAAGUUGAGUGUCUUCGGCCACGGCGACUGCUGGACGCCCAACUUUCUCACACGCUACGGCCAGGACGGCGCUCCACAGGAAAUCAUCAUCAUUGACUUCCAGCUGGCCCGCUGCGCCUCCCUGGCGCUAGACAUCAGCUUCUUUAUGUACUCCUGCACCAGCCAGCAGCUGCGCGAAGAGCACUACGAUGAACUCUUGCGCGCCUACUUGGAGAGUGCGCAGGCGCUCAUUACGGAUCUGGGCGGCGAUGCGGAAGCGGUCAUCUCCUGGGAAUCGUUGCAGGAGGAGCUGAAACAGUUUGGUCGCUUUGGCGUUGGCAUGGGCAUCGAAUCACUGCCGAUGUCGCUCAUCGAGGACGACGAAGUGGCCGAUCUGGAGGCCAUAGUCGAGAACGCCGUACUCACCGACGUCUGGAACAUAAAGCCCUUCGAGCAACCCGCCAAGCGGCAGCGCAUCGCCGAGAUUUUCAAGCAUGCCGUUGACCAGGGCUACAUUAAGUAAGCCAACUAGGCAUUCACCCAAAUGCACGUCACAUCGUAUAUUUAAGACAAUCCUUCUAUGCAUUAUAUAGACAUGUGUAAAUGUGUACCUGUAUACCCUGUAUCUGUAUUUCGGCUAGCGGGUAAUAGACUCGACUGCUGCGCAUUAUUAUUC